GAAGACCGUUGCCAACUGACAUCUGGGCCCUCUGGUGUUUCCAGCCCCACCUCCUCCCAGCCUUUCUUGUAACUAACCUGAUCGAAUGUGUGAGUUGGGAUUUCUUUUAAAAGCCCACCUCAACUGAAACUGGGACAGUAUAAUCAGGAUUCCGCUCCCCCCACCUUCACCCCAAUCGGUUACUUUUCAAAUACAGCUUUUCUAAAACGCCGCCAGUCACCCGGGCGUGAAGGCGCGCGUCCGGCGUUCCUGGGCGCUCACCCCGUGGUCCGCGCCCCAACCUCCCUAACGUUCCCCAACCGCCGUCCGAGCUGCCCCACUCUUCGCCCGGUCACUGAUGCAGAGGCUGUCAGUCCUCACCGCGCACGAAACCCAUCACAGCACCUGGGCCCGCAGCCAGUGCCGGGCUGUCCUCUUCCCACCCCAAGGCAGUCCUCUUGAGGCUCCACACCGCCUCCUUCGGAUCCCUCCUCAUCCUGCGGACUUCAGGUUGCCGGCUCCUCACUUGGGUCCUGCGCACCUCGGGCUUCUCGCAGAGUAGCCGUCUCCAUUCUACGGAUACGGAAACAGAGGACCAGAGCCCCGAAAGUCGUACGCCCAAAGGCCCCUGAGAGUGGUCUCCAAAUGCUAGUACUGUGGCUCUGGAAAGAUUCACAUUUUAUUUCCUGCAACAAAGGCAGCCUCAGAGAACUGGCCUCCAAGCCUUUUCCGUGCAGACCCCCAAUCUUUCAAGACACCACAGACCAAUUCAGUUGGCAAAAGCCCUAAGAACAGUACACCCCAAACCAAUGGAAUAAAAAAGUUUUGUUUAGUUGAGACUGCAGAACUCUUAGCUGGCUUACAGAUUUCUAAGGCAGCAUUUGGCACCUCUGUUUGCUGUUUGGCUCCUCUUUCGGCCUCUAGAGCUGAGUGCAGCUCCAAUCUCCUUGUCACAUCCUGGUCUGCAAACUGAGACCUCACAGGGGCGUUUACACCGUAGGGCAACUCCUUAUGCCGUUGUCACACUGAAGCUAGAAUUCUCAAAGCUGGAGCACUUAGGUGUCUGCAUUUUAGAGGUCCCAGCCUGAAUAUAUGCACAAGCAGGGUUUUUGUUUCUGAGCUCAGUGAAGAGGACUGCUGUGACUCCAGCUCUUCUGAAAUAUUAGAUGUGUAAAAUGCAAGGUUCUCUUCCAGCCCUGACUGGAGGUGAUGCGGCAAUGUGUGUAUGCAAGAAAAGUCCAUGCAGACUUUAUACAGACUUUACUACUACAGACAAGAGAAUCUUUCUGAAAGCUAAGGCCCAGAGAAGAGCAAACUACUGAAAAACUAAGGCCUGCAUCAGAAGGGCUUCUGCUUCCAUUAAUGGACUGAGUAAUUCAGACCAAGCCUCCAUUUGAAGACAACUAAAAAUGCUGGGGGUUAUCAAUGUGUGAGCCUCCAUCAGGAGCAUCGACUUCUCCGGAGAAUUUGCUUAAGAUGUCAAUCAUCAGACUCCACCAAGGACCUGUUGAAAGAGAAAGUCUCUACUGGAGUUCAGCAAAUCUGAAUUUUAACAAGUUUUCCAAGUGAUUCUGAAGAAUACUGAGUUCCUUUUUUGAGAAAGGAUAAAGAUAAUUUCUUACAGAAACAGUAUCCACAGUGGACUCCGGGGCUCCUACAGACUUGGCACAGCUUCCUACAGUCUUGAAACAGCCCUGUUGUUCUGUCAUGGCCAGUGGGCAGUUUGUGAACAAACUGCAAGAGGAAGUGAUCUGCCCCAUCUGCCUGGACAUUCUGCAGAAACCUGUCACCAUCGACUGUGGGCACAAUUUCUGCCUCAAAUGCAUCACUCAGAUUGGGGAAACAUCAUGUGGAUUUUUCAAAUGUCCCCUCUGCAAAACUUCCGUAAGGAAGAACGCAAUCAGGUUCAACUCACUGUUGUGGAAUCUGGUGGAGAAAAUCCAAGCUCUACAAGCCUCUGAGGUGCAGUCCAAAAGGAAAGAGGCUACAUGCCCGAGGCACCAGGAGAUGUUCCAUUAUUUCUGCGAGGAUGAUGGGAAGUUCCUCUGUUUUGUGUGUCGUGAAUCCAAGGACCACAAAUCCCAUAAUGUCAGCUUGAUCGAAGAAGCUGCCCAGAAUUAUCAGGGGCAGAUUCAAGAGCAGAUCCAAGUCUUGCAGCAAAAGGAGAAGGAGACAGUACAAGUGAAGGCACAAGGUGUACACAGGGUCGAUGUCUUCACGGACCAGGUAGAACAUGAGAAGCAAAGGAUCCUCACAGAAUUUGAACUCCUGCAUCAAGUCCUAGAGGAGGAGAAGAAUUUCCUGCUAUCACGGAUUUACUGGCUGGGUCAUGAGGGAACGGAAGCGGGGAAACACUAUGUUGCCUCCACUGAGCCACAGUUGAACGAUCUCAAGAAGCUCAUUGAUUCCCUGAAGACCAAGCAGAACAUGCCACCCAGGCAGCUGCUGGAGGAUAUCAAAGUCGUCUUGUGCAGUGAAGAGUUUCAGUUUCUCAACCCAACCCCUGUUCCCCUGGAACUGGAGAAAAAACUCAGUGAAGCAAAAUCAAGACAUGACUCCAUCACAGGGAGCCUGAAAAAAUUCAAAGACCAACUCCAGGCUGAUAGGAAAAAAGAUGAAAACAGAUUCUUCAAAAGCAUGAAUAAAAAUGACAUGAAGAGCUGGGGCUUGUUACAGAAAAAUAAUCAUAAAAUGAACAAAACCUCAGAGCCCAGGUCAUCUUCUGCAGGAGCCAGCUCUCAGGAUACGAAGACAUUCGACGCUGCGCUGUCCGAGGAGCUCCAUGCGGCACUGAGUGAGUGGCUGACAGCGAUCCGGGCUUGGUUUCGUGAGGUUCCUUCAAGCCAAGCCAGCUCAGAGAACACGAGGAGCGGUGGUGCUACACGGACUUCGGAGCAUAGAGUGGCGCUGAUGGAAAAAGGAAGUCCCUGCAGCAGUCCCCGCACUCUUUAAGCAGCUGUUUACCGAAGGCACCAGUUCAGCCAGGAGUGAAAUCCAGAGAUGAGCAACGCCAGCCUGGGUCACAGUCCAUCAAACCCCAUGAGCCCGACCACUCUCGCUCUUCUUUACAUUCCCACGUCCCCCUUCUCUCCCAACCCCUCAUAUCAGCAAGGGAAAUUAAUUAAUGAGAUUUGAUAAAUCAGUAGAUAGAAUGAGGUCCCCAUUCUGAAAUAUUUAGCAGACUGGAACCACCACGCAAGCCUCUGUAGGGGGUGGAUGGAGACACUUCUAACUUUAAUAAACUGUGACUGAACGUGGAA